AUUGAGCUAUUCAUUAACAUGUCUUACUUAACUCUUCUGAGACAGUUUUGCAAUGAAAAUCAAUAGUGACUGACCACUAUCAAAACUGACUGACUGACUUACUAACUACCUAAAGGUUAGUUAGAGACUUUAUCAGUCAAAGAGCAAAUGAGUCAAAGUACAUAUAGUCUAAAAUCAACUGCAUUUCUGGCUGCUUUGAAUCUCAUGUGUAGUAAAGAUCAGUGUAGAGAGGUGUUGUGUCUGUGUGAAGACUGCUUUUGUGCAGGUAAAGAUAUUCAAACCUGCUCUGUUAAUUGGAUCCUUUUAAAAUCCUUUAAGCUGGUCUAAAGAAGUCUUCACUGCUGUCCGGACAGAGAUGAACACGGUCUACCACUAUGUUAGAUGAUACAGAAAAUAAAAAUGAUUCAGUGCUUUCCAAUGAGCAGCAGGAGAGUCAGCAUAAGAUUAGCAUUGUGCCUCCAGAGUCGACACCGAAAUUCACACUGAAGAUAAAAAAGAAAGUAAUAACAGAGGAGUAUAAGCUUGCAGGACAAGUGCUCGGGAUAGGCAUCAACGGCAAGAUCUGGGAAAUAUUCCAGAAGAAAAGUGGCAAAAACUAUGCCUUAAAGAUGUUGCGGGACACCCCUAAGGCUCGGCGGGAAGUGGAGCUUCACUGCAGGGCAUCGAGCUGCCCCCGUAUCGUAGGAAUCGAAGAUGUCUUUGAGAAUUACUACCAAGGCAAAAAGUGUUUGCUUCUCAUCAUGGAGUGUAUGGAGGGGGGUGAACUCUUUCGCCACAUUAAGGAACAUGGUGAUCAAGCUUUCACUGAAAGAGAAGCCUCGGAAAUAAUGAGAAAUAUAGGAGAAGCUGUGGAGUUUCUGCAUGGUAUUAACAUUGCUCACAGAGACCUCAAGCCAGAGAAUUUGCUGUACUCUUCAAAGCAUCCGGAUGCCCAGCUCAAGCUUACAGACUUUGGAUUCGCCAAAGAGACCACAUCCAACAACUGCUUGACCACCCCGUGCUAUACACCUUACUAUGUGGCCCCAGAGGUGUUUGGUCCAGAGAAAUAUGAUAAGUCAUGUGACAUGUGGUCAUUAGGAGUCAUCAUGUACAUCCUGUUGUGUGGAUAUCCACCAUUUUACUCAAACCACGGCUUACAGCUCUCACCAGGAAUGAAAAAACGCAUUCGGAAUGGCCAGUAUGAAUUUCCAAACCCUGAAUGGUCACAGGUGUCGGAAGAAGCAAAGCAGCUCAUUUGCCAGCUGUUGAAAACAGAUCCUACAGAGAGAAUGACCAUCACACAGUUCAUGAACCAUUCUUGGAUCAUUAAGUCAACGAAUGUUCCUCCAACACAUCUUCACACAAGUCGAGUUCUUAAGGAAGAGAGUCACGUCUGGGAUAAAGUCAAGGAAGAGAUGACUAAUGCUUUAGCAACAAUAAGAGUGGACUAUGAACAAAUAAUGAUCAAACCGAUUAAGGAUGCAUCCAAUCCUCUUCUUCUAAAAAGAAGAAAGAAAAUGGUGGCUGCAAUGGAAGAAGCACCAGGGCCGUGACAAAUAAAUGCAUGUGGAAACAUGCAUAGUUCUUGAUCACUAAGAGGACACUUCGAAAAAUCAGAUCACUUAACAAUCGGAGAUUGAGGGAAAAAAAUGGGGCCUUUCUUGGCAUUUAGUCUUGAUUCUGUUUUUAAAGCCUGCACCAGUUAUAGCAUAAAUAUUGUAAGGAUGUAUGAGAUGUAUCACAUUUACUUCAAAACUGUAUCUGUAGCAAGUGUACUUUUAAUAAUUUAGUUUAAUGUUGUUGGAAAAUAGUAUCCAUUUUAUUAUUCACCUUUUUUAAAAAACAAAAACAAAACAAGUAUUAAUGUUUGUUUUGUAAUGUUUGCUGUGUAUAAUACUGCAGGGGGAGUGUGUUAUGCAUCCUAUUGAAAAGCUAACAAAUCAACAACUAAAAAACAGCAGCCAAAACAUUACAUCACAAUGUUAUAUAAACAUUGGUAUGCAUUAAUUAAAUAAAGUAUGAAUUAAUCUGCAUUAAGCUGAAGAAAUGACUGCUGGGUAAACAUUCCCUUGUGACAAAUGAGUAAUUGACUUCAUAUGAGUGUUUUCCACAUUAUGUUUGUUCUGCCAUCAUGAUGUCAUUAAAUGCACCAUGGCCUUUUAUAAUAAACAAAUAAAUAUGGCUAUAUAACUA